AUCAUACGGACGGGCGAGAUGUUGCUGAGGUAGAAUACCCCCAACUGUUGGCUUUUUCCCUUUUACAUUACGACACAAGUAGAGCAAUGAAGAAGAAGAUGAUGAUCCAGGCCUCCUGUAGGAAAGGUCUGCAGGUGUGUUUUCUCCUUAUGAUGGUAGGAAAACUACAGGGUAAGAUAACAGCCCCAGAGCGUCUGGUAGCUCCAGUGGAGAAGCCUUUCACUCUGACCUGCAGUGUAACAAGGGAACGAGGUGAAUCUCUGAGGCAAGUACGUUGGCUGGAUGUCCAGAACCAGACCCUGCUGAGCUACCAGCCCGGUAAUAGAGACAGUGUGAGUGGACAGCAGCAUGUGGAGCUUGCCACCUCCCCGAAGGACACCUCAGCUAUCACUAUCCGCAGGGUGGGCUUCCGAGACGAAGGCUGCUACACCUGCAUCUUUGACAUGCAUCCAUCCGGUUCAAAGCAAGGACAGACGUGCCUCACUGUCACCGCGCACAUCAGUGCUGACAGCAAUAAAACAGCAGUGAGCGGCAAGAUGGCCUCCCUCUCCUGCUCCUACGCUUUGCCUGAGAAGGUGCAGCAGAUCACAUGGAAACACACUUCUGCGGAGGGUGCCUCCUCAGAGGUGGCUUCCUUUGCAAAGCGGAGCGACCCCAUGAUAGAGCCGCCAUAUCAGGGGAGGGUUUGGCUCAGUGCCUCCCUGUCUGAUAGUCAGCUCACCAUCCAGCCUGUGGCUGUCCAGGACGAGGGCUGCUACACCUGCCUGUACAACACACAUUCCGAAGGGCUGAAGAGCUCCACUGUGUGCCUCUCCACCUAUGUGCUGCCUAAACCUCAGGUGAGCUACAAGACCACCGCUCCAGGUGUGAUUGAAGCCAACUGCACCUCUUUGUCGCGACCCCCGGCAGAGAUCGUGUGGAACGUGGAGAGGGAUAACCGCACCAUGGGCCCGCCUGUGACCACACAUCUCCCACAGGGCGAUGGGACCACUCUGGUGAUCAGCACGCUGACUGUCCGAUCAGGGCUGCUGAAAGACGUGUCCGUCAAAUGCUUGGUGCAUCACAAAGGGCUUGAGUCACCAAUUGCUGUAUCCAUGAACACUAAAAUUGGGACGGCUCUCACCAUCCUGAUCUCAGUCACUACAGUGGCAGCUCUGUUGGUCAUGUCCCUCUGCUUCUGUCUUUGGAAGUGUUUCUUGCGCAAAGAAGCUGAUUAAUCUUUCAGAUGAGACCAGAGUCUGAAAAGAAGAGGUUGUGGAACCUUGCUGAAUUGUUUUUCUGCAUCAUCAUCAUCGUCUUGGUACAAAGGGAAGAUGUUCAAACCUCUAUAGGAUAUCCAAUACAAUCCUAUUUAUGACCACCAACCGUACAACGACAUUCAUCUCUGAAUCUGCGUCUGACUCUUAUAUAAUCUGCAGGCUGUCCUCACAUGAAGUCAAUGAAGAAAUGUUGAGUGGAUUUUUUUUUUUCUCUGGCUCUGUAAUUGAUUCAGCUGACGGUUGCACAUUCCACAGCAAACAGCAAAGUCACUGUAUGGCAAAUUAAAGUGCAGUGAGUAUGCUUUUACAGUAUAUUACAUGUCCCCAAAACACUCCUGUUUGUUUCUGCCUUUCACCUGGUCUGUAAAUAACACAGCUAAUUGGCACCAUGAGCUUAAGGUUCUACUUCUCAGUCGAAGGCCUCCGUCACUUUUGUGUAUUUAUCAACGCUGGGUGGAGUCCUAGGUAGCCUUCAGUAGAUCAACUAAAAGGGCUGCAUACUUAUGUCUUAUUUGUGAAAUAGCAAUUGCAACUUUUCUACAUGUUUCAAAGUGUGUUUUGUGAGAAAGGCAGAGAGAGAAAGUGUGUGUAUGUGUGUGCGUGUGUGUGUGUGUGUGUGUGUGUGUAUGCAUAUUUUUUCAGAGGUUAAAUUCCACAGUCAGAUAGCUUGAAUCAAUUCCAUGAGGACGCAGCGCUGAAACCUCUGUGGUGCCUCUUAAAGGAAUGCGUGUCUUGUUGCCAGUCUACAUGGUAGAGUCCAGUGUGUGUGUGUGUGUGUGUGUGUGUGUGUGUGUGUGUGUGUGUGUGUGUGUGUGUGUGUGUGUGUGUGCGUGCGUGCGUGCAUGGGUGCGUGGGUGUGUGUGAACUCAGGUUCAAAAUUACUUAAGGGCUGCAGGUUAAAAUCCCUGCAGAGCCAGUCUGCUCCUCUAAUUGUCCUUGAACAAAAACCUAAAACCCCUCGCUACUCACUUGUACAUCACUCUGGAUCAAAGUGGCACCUAAAUGCCUAAAACACAGUAUAAUGUAAAGAUGCUUACACAUAUAUCACGUUUGCAUGUGUACAGGGGCAUUUAAAAACUGAAGCUUUAUGCUGAUAUAAUCUUGUAUAUCAAAGCAUAUGAUUUGAAUCUGUCAGUUAUUUACUUUGUCAGUAUUAUCAGACUUCAAGCUCAGUGCUCAAUCAGGCACAUCAUAUUUACUCCCCAUUAACAUAAUUUUAGAUAGCUUUCCUCUGAGCUCAGAGCUUAGCUUUCAUUUGAAAACUGUUGAAGUGUUUUUUUUCCAAAUAAAUGGAAAUGUGCCACAUCACCCAGCCCUGUACAGAUCAACUGUAGUCCAGUUAAAAACAAAGAAAAUAUGAAAAGGUACAUUAUUGCCAACUAUGUGAAGUUGAUGUAAUAAAUACAACAAACAUAAUAAUAAAAAUAUUAAAAAAUA